CUUUUCCCGCUCUCUCCUUCUCUCUCCGCCCCUCCUAUUGUUUUUUCUUGUUUCUGUUUUCAUUCCCUCUCUCCUUCAAUGGUAUCUAAAUCAGUAUGUAUUAACACUCCCUCAAGGUUCUUGUUUCUUCAACUCUCAUGAAUGUCUUCGCUAGUUCAAACAUUUGUACUACUGCAUUUUUUUCUCGUCUGAAUACAAGAAAAAUUGUCUUCCUGUCUUCUUCUUUUACAUUGAAUCAAGCUCUUUCUUUUUAUGAGAUGGAGAAAUCGGAUGGCCAGGCUAACUAGUUAAGAUGUUAAAUGCUAUUGGAGUGCACAAUCAUGAUGGAUGUUUCAUGGGAAGUAAAGAGGAAAUGAGUAGCAAACAUUGUACUGCUGCUGCUGCUUCUGGUCUUCACUUUAAGAAAGCGCCUUUGUAUCCCCAAGAUGAGAAGAAAAUGGAAUUGCUGGAGUGCAAAAUACUACCCGCGAAGAAAGUUAAUAGACGUCCAUCAGCCAGAGAAAGAAAAUUGGCACUGUUGCAAGAUGUUGAUAAGCUGAAGAAGAAGCUGAGACAUGAAGAGAAUGUUCAUAGAGCAUUGGAGAGGGCAUUAAAUAGACCAUUGGGAGCUUUGCCACGUCUGCCUCCUUAUCUCCCUCAAUACAUGCUAGAACUUCUUGCUGAAGUGGCUGUUUUGGAAGAGGAGGUUGUGUAUCUUGAAGAACUGGUUGUGAAUUUCAGGCAAGGUCUCCACCAGGAAGCCGUUCACACACCCUGCAGGAGCAAUGAGAACAACGCUGCUGAUUCAUGCACUGAGGUGCUUAGUUCCAGAAGGAGAAGGCAUUUAAGAUCCUUUUCCCAUGGCAAUAUAAACUUGGAAUCUUCUUGGGCUGCAGCAAUGCAGUCGCCUUCUCUGGCUAGAAGUUUUUCAACCAGAAAACAAGCAUCAUCUGACGCUGAUGGCAACAUGACAUAUUCCCAUGGCAGGCCAACAUAUGGAGAGCAAGUGCUAAAGAAACCAAAUUCUCCAGGGGAAGAAAGGCUUGGAAAAGAAAAUCAGUCCUGGGCUAAUUUAGUGAAGGAUAAAUUAGCUCCAGCACAGAAAGCCGCUGCAACAAAAACUCCAAUAAGACGAUGUCCAAUCAAACCAGAACAAAUAGGCAAAGGAGCUGAUUCCGUGAAAUUGCAGUGCAGAGUUGUGGACCAGGCACAAGAGAGUUCUUCAGGUUCUUCAGAUGAUAGGGUGUUUGAAGCUGAAACAGAGGCCAACAGAACUUCCCAGGAUAUUUUGAAAUGCUUGUGCAACAUAUUUUUAAGGUUGAGUACAUCAAAAGGGAAGACACUGGAUUCAGAAUCCUUUUCCUCUGUUAUAGCAGGGGAUUUGAGCGAGCACAAUGUGGACACAGAUUUUCGAGAUCCUUACUUGAUCUCUACAGGCUCUGGAAAGAGAGACUUUGGUCCUUACAAAAUGUUUCCAGCCAUUGAAGCUAGCUCCGUUGAUUUCAACCGGAAAGCAAAUGCUCUGUUUCUGAUUCGGAGACUCAGGCUCCUCCUUGGCAAGCUAGCAACAGUCAAUUUAGAGGGACUCAGCCAUCAGCAGAAACUUGCUUUCUGGAUAAACACAUACAAUUCCUGCAUAAUGAAUGCAUUUUUAGAGCAAGGAAUUCCUGACAGUCCUGAGAGGGUUGUAGAACUUUUGCAAAAGGCAACAAUCACAGUUGGCGGACAUCUGCUAAAUGCAAUAACAAUUGAGCAUUUUAUCCUGAGGUUGCCUUAUCAUCUAAAACAUACUGGUCCAAAAUCAGCAAAAGGUGAUGAAAUGAAGGCUCACGCUCUCUUCGGUUUGGAGUGGUCCGAACCAUUGGUGACAUUUGCACUCUCCUGUGGGUGUUGGUCCUCCCCUGCUGUUCGAGUGUACACUGCAGCACAAGUCGAGAACGAGUUGGAAGCUGCGAAGAGGGAAUAUUUGCAAGCUGCAGUUGGCAUUUCACCGGCAAACAAGCUAGUAAUCCCCAAAUUGCUGGACUGGUAUCUUCUUGACUUUGCAAAAGACUUGGAGGCAUUACUAGAUUGGGUUUGUUUGCAGCUACCAGAUAAACUCAGGAAUGAAACUCUAAAAUGCCUCGUGAGAAGAGGAGGAGACCCUCUUUCUCAAAUAGUUGAAAUAAUGCCUUAUAAUUACAGUUUCAGGUACCUCAUAUACCUGUGAUAAGUUUUUAGUUUCCCGUCUUUUUCUUCUUUUUUCCCUUAUUCAGAACCUUCAGUCUCCAAACUUCUCAGAACUUAGAUUGCAGAUUCCUAGAAAUACUGAAAAAAUUAGAUGAAAUACAUAGAAAUAAACUGGGAGAUUGUAUUUGUCAGGAACCGGCAUAAAAUUGGUAACAUCUCCUAUUGAUAGGUAUUUGCUGUGAAUUCAUUCAUUGUAUUCCUCUCUGAAA